AUGACCAUUUUUAAUUUGUUUAAGAACCAAAGAAUAUUAAAUAAAGAUGAGAUUUGUGAUUUUGAUUUAUUAAAUGAAUUAAACUUAUUAAAAAAAGUAGGUGGUGAAAGAUAUGAGCUUAAUGAGAGUUUAGAACAAAGUGAAUUACAAUAUUUAAUUCAUAAAAAUAAACAAUUAAAAAAUAAGCUUCAAAUAUACUCAGUAGAAGAAUCUUAUAAAAAUUAUAUGGAGAAAUUACAUGAAUAUAAUGAAAUUAAAGAUGUUUUACAAAGUAUGAUUGGAAAAAUAUCAGAGUUAAAAGGUGUUACAAUUAAAAAAAUCAAUAAAGAAUUAGAAGUAAAUUUUGAUGAAUAA